GGCAGUAAACCAACAUCCACGAAUCGAAUGAGUAUUUGUGUGCACUUCCAGUGCGCGAUAAUGCCAUUCUUCAAUUCCAGCCGAAGAAACCGAAAGCCGAGAGCCCAGCUGAACGCCCAAAGAGAGUCUUCUGGAAGAGAGUCUACCUCGCCGGCGGCGGAGAAUCGUCGCUCGUCGCUUGUUCGCCAGUCAUUUCAGCAGUCACUUGUUUUUGAGUGCUGCUUGGAGUUGGUCGCUCGCCUGCUGCGCUCUUAGUUGUUUUGGCUAAGUUCACUUAGUUAGUGCCUUCGUUUAGCGGCGAAAAAGCUGGAAAAAAACGUAUAAAAUAUAUCGCGUUGUCGUCGCCGUCGUCGUCGUUGCCGCUUUUGUAUCUGUGUUUUAACAAGUUCGACUUACUGUGGCUCGACUGUACCCACUCGCUCACACACGUCACCGGCACACUCCCACUCACGCACACACCCACAAAGUGACGCCCACGAGGUCUGGAGAUUUGCACAAGUGCAGAGGCACACACAGACAAACAGAUAGAAGAAAAGACAGAAGAAACGAAAGAGGAGUGAGCACAAGAGAUUUGUUGUUGCCAGCCUUGACUAGAAAAGCGAUCCAGUGUGAAAAGCAGAAAAACAGACAAGCCCACGGAAAUGGAUUACAUUGUGAAGGCCUACAAGGAUUGGAAACUGCAUUCGCAGUUUCAAGAGAUCGUCCCCGACAUGGAUGACUCGGAAUUCAUGUUCAACGAGAAGCAAUCGAUCCGGGACUCCGGGCGCACCCUCAAGCGCUACGGGAGCACCUGCUGCAACAGCCUCCGGAACAAUGAGACCCUCAUCCGGCACAUCGUCGAGAAGACGGACACGCUGCAGGGCAUCGCCCUCAAGUACGGCUGCACGACGGAGCAAAUAAGACGGGCCAACCGCCUCUUCGCCUCGGACAGCCUGUUCCUGCGUCAGUUUCUCCUCGUUCCAGUGGAGAAGAACUCACCGUACUAUCCCCAGGUGCCUGGCGAUUCGAUAGCCGCUUUCGACGCCGUGCUGGCCACGCCACCGGGCACUCCGGAUGCCAAUGGACAGCGGGAGGCGCACAACAAUGCCAAUAAUCUGAGCCAGAGCAACAAGAGCUUCAUGAAGAGCAACGACAUCAGCAGCAGCAGUAGCAGCAGCAGCAGUGGGAGCAGCAGCAGCUGCAACACAAGUGGCACCGGCCCCAUUUCCGGAGGAUCGCGUUCCGGCGGCAACCAACAGCAGCAGCAGCAACAGCCCCCACAACGUCCCUACUCCAUUGCCGGGGAGCUGCUGGUGGUGCAGGCCGGCGACGAGGAUCCAUCGAUGAUGCACGGCCACGGUGGUUGCAGCGGCAAGCAGAGCAAGAGCCUGGACUCGGUGGCCGCAAUGACGCCCGAGGAGGAGAACAGGAAAUGCAUGAACGACUUCCUUAACAAGAUAGACAACACCAUUUCUGAGUCGCGCAAAUAUGUGGAGCGCUCUAAGGACCUGGUCAGCAGUCAGAGUGAUGCGGACAUCUGCAUCAGUGCCACCGCCGACGUUUUCCCGCAGCGCCGCCAUCCGCUGAACAACUCCUACAAGACCAACAACAACGACCGUCCGUCGCAGUAUCAGCGCCACAGCUCGACGGGCAGCGGGAACUCCUCGGAUACGGCGCACCUGCUGAACACGACGCAGACGCGACGAGUCCAGAAUUCGCUGAAGCGGCUGGAGAAGCAGCAGGACGACUUCUUUGAGUUGUAGCGUCCGUCUGCGGGACGCAAUCUAGCCUAAUUACGCAGAGAGUUAAUUUUACAAUUCGUUUUUAAUUGCCGCGCAUUGGGGAGAUGACUUUGGUCAGCAUGUUACAUCACACGGAAAUGCCGCACUCUAAAUGUAAUAUAAAUAAUGAUAUCUAUCGACAAAUAUGCGCGAUACCUUACCUAUACGAUAAAACAUUAAUGUAACUGAGCUAAAACCUAAACUAAACUAUAUACCUAAACUAAGCGCUGCGCUAUGUAAACCUGUAGUACGAUGACAAGGCAGUUCUGUAAACCCAUUUUGAUCUUGUGUCAGCCCUGUAUAAUUGCCGCCAAUUUGCUUGCAAGAUCCGAUCUGAACCGCAUCGAACAGAUACGGAAGCCUUCUGUCCUCCUGUCCGCCCUCCUGCCCCCCAUUAUGUUUACUUUUUGUAUGACUCUAGCUUUAAUCACACUGUGUAUAAUUUAGUUAUGAGAAUUAUUAAUGUUAAUUGUAUAUAGUCGCCAGAAAACACAACAAUCCAACUGGACUGCUCUGACCGCUAAAACACGAAAUUGGCCAACUGUUGACGUGUAAUUUUAAUUUAUUUUUUAGCUUUCCAAAGUAUUAAACCCGAAACGUUCUAUAUAAAACCGUAACCUCAAUUGUUAAACAAGCAUCCACCACAAAACAAUAUAUACACCAAUAUAUAUUAUGUAUAUCCCAGAAACCUCAAUAUCGAACUGCACUCAUAUCGAGCCAAGUCAUGUUGUACGUGAGAAUGUUUUUUAAAAUAAAGUGAGAAUUGUGUUGGAAC